AUGGCACGCUUCCUGGCCGAGUUGCUAUGGUGUGGCCGCUGUGACAGAUCCCAGUCUCUGUCCUCCACCCCCUCAGAGAGUAUCCGGGUUACAUUCGAGUCGCCAUCAUCAUCCCCGCACCACUUGACAUCUGCCGCACGAAAUCUUUCGUUUGAUGAUGGCAGCCCCUGUGGCCAUGAGAUCAUGAAUAUCAAACCACCAUGUAACAAAGUUGUCAAAAUAGUCCUGUUUGUUUUGGUUGUAGUUGAAACCUCUCCAUACGCUCCUGCUGAAGAACUGCGAGAAGAGUUCAAGCACAAGCUGAUGAAAAAAUUCCCUAAAUCUACGGAGAGUUGCCAUGGCGAUGGAGGAAGUAGUGCUAGCGAAGAUGGCUUCAGGAUGAGGCCUGGACCUGGGAAGCGCCAUGCUGCUAGAAGAAGAACAACAGUUGUAAACUACAAUCCUGACUCGAGCCGAUCGACAGAUCAGGACGAGCGGAACACAUCCAUGUCUGAAAUCGACACAGAGUCGUUGUCAAGCCAACCAUUACAGCGGGGCGGCUCAUUGAGGUCUAGUCUUCCAAUCGUCCGAAGCCCCAACCACAGCUUUGAUCGCCCCAUUGGACUUGUGUUUUUGAUAUUCGGUGACGAGACUAAGCGUGGGUUAUUACCCAAUGAGGUGACCCAGCUGGACACAGUACGAGCGUUAUUCGUUCGAUCGUUCCCAGACAAAUUAAGCAUGCAGCUUUUUGAAUCUCGACCACAACUAAAGAUUUACAUCCAGGAUCAGAAGUCUGGGGUAUUUUAUCAGCUGGAAGAUCUCAGGGAUAUUCAGGAACAUUGCAUCCUCAAGGUACACUACUGUGAUAGCAACGAACCCCAGAGGGUUAGAGAGUAUACUAAAGUCCGCGGGAAGACUAUACUCUCCCCACCACAAGCUGCAGGUGACCCCAGGUCACCAACAUUCAGGGGAGACCACUCUGAGAAGAACGGCAUUGAUCAGACAUCUUCCAAGAUCGCAAGCUUCCCGAUUGCCAAUUCAAAUUACCAACAUCUCAGUAAAAGACCACAGCAAAUGCGAGACCUUCCUGAAAUCCGUUACCGACCUCUGACCCCUGAUGUGGCACACACGUCACCGGAGGGGCGGUGGAGAGGACCCCCAAUGGAGGAGCCAAGGCGGAUGCUUCCAGAGCGGCCGUUUUCUCCCGAUCGGUUGGCCUUAGGAACCAUCCCAGAAUACCGGCAACCCUCUCCGGGGAUGAAAAGGCACACAUCACCACGUGCCGUGAGAUCGGCACAGAGCACACCGACACCAAUGGACAACACAGGACCUAGUUCAGGCCGAAGCACACCUACUGCUUCUCUUACAGCACCGCAUCAGUAUUCAAAGUAUCGCUCCUUAUCACCAACGGGCAGAAGUGCCCCCAUCCCACAUCGAUCCCCGCCUGGGCAGUUUGUGCGAGACCGGACUGGUUACCAUAGUGAUGGGUCUCCACAAGUAAAACAUGGCCCCGUCUUUCCUGCCCAAGCACCAGUGUAUGUUGCUAAGGGAGCACGGGCAACCACUUGUUCAACUUUCUCUCCACAAAGGGCGACUGGGGCUCCUCCACCUAGAUCAGGGGAACCAGACAUGAGGGAAAUGCGAGACCCAAGAAAUCCCAACCGAAACUCUCUGGUCUACGAACCUGUGGGCAUCCCACCUAUUCCACGUCAGCCAAUGGGAAGACCCGGUGUGGAUCGGGGGGAGGGGCCAAGACGCCCGCAAAAUCUCGGUCCGGCAAACUCGGUGUCAGACGGACAGAUUUGCCGAAGAAGCCAGAGUUACCGAAUGCCGGGCGACCGUGCUGAGGUUAGAGGGCGACCUAGGAGUAUGACCCCUCAGGCCACAGAAUAUGACCCUGAGGGAAAAUUCCGUAUUGAGAAGAUGGAGGCACAGCUGGCAAACCUAACAGCAUGGGUGCAUUCAGCCGUUGUGCCCAAUGGCACUGGGGACCCAGGUUCAAGGUCAAGUAGCUUGAGAAGUCUUCAAUCAGGGAGCACUAAAUCAUCGUCUACAUCUAGCAAUACAAUUGUAGUUCAUCGAUAUGCUCAAGGUUUGAACGAUCUAUCAACAGCAACGAAGCACACUCAGACUAUCUAUCAGUCCCCGUUGAUACUGUCGAAGGAGCUAUCAAAUGGCUUGUUGUUGUUGCACAAGCGCACAAUUGAACUGAAAGUAGAGCUCAAAGGGUUGAGACGACUGCAGCAGCUGAAUAUGGAAGGGGCGCGCGAGUCGAUUGAUGAGGUGUAUGGGAAAAUUAAGGUUGCCUUGACAACUGUACCCGGGGUUAACAAUCGUCCAGUGAGGCAGCUGAGAUUGGAGGUGGACACCGUAUGUGACACAUUUAGACAAGACAAAGAGAGGGUCCAGAAACAGCUACAUGAUCUUGAGAAGUCUGUGGAGGAGAUGAGAAAUGAUGUGAUCUCGCGUCAGUGUCUGGUCAACAUGUCGGAGGUGGAGGGGAUGGCCUUAGCCCUCAGUCAGAUCGCAAAGUCAUUGGCUGAUCUCAAAGGCCGGUUACCUCCCCUGAUUUCCAGCCUAAAGUCAGUGAUGGCCGGUGAGAUGGAGGUGGUUGUUGGAGAGGAGAAAUUUGUGAAGGAAGAACCAGACAGUAUUGAAACAUGUUUUCGAAAGUGCAAGAAAUUGACAGGAACGCUCUUCACCAUGAAACGGUUGGCAUCGGUCCAAGAGCAACGCCCGCCUCAAAUUCCUGUGUUUGGUGGGGACCGUUCAGAGAGAGCCAAGAAAUCCACUGUGUUUGAAAACAUUCAGUGUGUGGUGCCAAACCAUGAUGCUCGUCUGCAGAGCUUAGAGGCAGCAGAUGCUUCUCGGGAGCGCAAGAGGCGAUUAGCUGCUCAACAAGAGGCUCUAAGGUUUGAGAAGAACUUGGAGUUAGCUACGAAAAACCUGAAAUCAAGAAACCAGCCGAGAGCAAUAGAAAGUGACAGCGGAAGAACCACCCCAGAGACUGGUAACAGUGAAGGCCUGGCAUCAGCAGGCAGUUCUGAUAAAAUCAGUAAUGUUGGCAAACGACAAAUUGAGGGCCCCAAAAAAGUGCCAAGAUCACAAUCAUUAGAUCCCGAUGAUCGGGAUAAGGAUGACCCUGAUUCUUUGUCCAGUCAGAAGAUGGCGGCUCGAGCAGAGUUUUUUCGCUCACUCCGCUCAGCCUCUCCUCCCGACCUUCCGAAACAGACAUCAAAGUUAGACUGGGUAGUGGAAAUUCCUAAAUGCCAACCAGUGCCAAGUUCGUCUACCUCUCAAGAUGGGGCGCCCGUAAAAACAGACUUGUCUUCCCCUUGUGCUUCGCCCGUUUCCAAGAUACCUGGUCCUUCGAUGAGGCUUUCCCAGAGUAGUCCAUCCAAGUCAUCUGACUCUGCUUCAAGCUCAAGUCCUACCAGCAUUCCACAACCAGCUCAAGGUCAAAAGGUGAAAUUUGGCUCAGAAGAUGGCGACAAGAAGAAAAUCCCACCACCGCCACCACCGAGAAGUUCUGCGCGGAGCACUACCCAAUCACAGCCUUCUUUCUCAUCAUUCUACAGCACGAUCUCGUCCCCAAGUAAACUGGAGUGCUCUGUGGCCGAAGAUCAGAGCAAUAUGAAUAUAAAGUCAAGCCGAGCUGCGGGGCUUCCCGUGGCAUCCACGCCAGUGGUUGGGGCUCCCAAAAAACCAGCGAAUAAUUUUGAGAAGGGCAUAAUGAAUGUGGUGUAUGUCAAUGUCCAUGCUGCACCCAAAGGCUCAGAACCGAGCAAACCAGCAGCUGGAAGGUUGAAUGUUGUCGACAAUCCUGCUGACAACGGCAACGAUCAGGAAAGUGAAGGGGAAAGUACAAGCAGUGUGGACUCGCAGAACGAAGCCUGGCGCCUACGCUCGGACGCCAAGGGUGCAAAGUCUAGGGGGGAUUCCGGGGCAGGUAAGCCCAGACUGUCGCAGGAGGAAAUGAAAUUUGCAUUAGCCAGAAAGAAACCCCCACCUCCUCCACAGCGCAAGAGCAGUGUCUUGUCACGCAGAGAUCUGACGGAUCGCUUACAAGACCAGACGACAAAGACAUACCACCUCAAGGACCAACAUCAGCGUCUGGAAACGGUGGAAACAGAGCAAGAGCAGAUAAGCAAGCAGCACCAAAUUUUGGAAGAUGAACAAAAGCAAAUGGCCAAGGGGAAGAAGAAACCUUGAAAUCUGGUUAAUAGCAAAAAGAUAAAGCCUGUAGUCGCCUGUGCCAAGAGCUACUUAGAAAUAGAAUAACGAUUCAACUCACACAAACUAUUUCUACAGGAGAUACAUGCACAUGAAAAAAAAAGCACCAUUAAAGAAUUUUAAAAAAAUGGUAAUGCUUUGGAUGAGGAGGUGUAAACAGUUUCCUGUGAGGCUUUCAUUUGGGAUUUUAGGACACGUGGAAAGCUGUCCCAACUCUAAGAGCGGCUGAUAACUGAAGUAACAGAGGAAUAAAUUCUGCAAGGGAACGUUAAGAAAGGACCAAGGGAAAGUUAACAGAAGUGGAACCUUAAAAGCUGGUAAUGCUUUUCAUGUUGAAAUGUUUCUAUGGCAACAAUGAAGAAAACUGCUGUGUCCAUGGCAUUGGUAAUGAUGGAAUUUGAUCUGGAUACAAGACAUGAGAUAAAGUCUCUUUGGAACUAAAACAAAGAUGAUAGCAAAAAAAUACCAAUAUUCUGGUGAGGUACAUUUCUGUAGUGUCCUGGAAUUCCAUGUACAUUGUUGCCAUGGCAACGUUAUUACAACAUCAACAAAAUCAAUAACAAAAGCGGUGAAUCAUUUGGCGCAGUUGUUGUAAUUUAAUCUGUUGAACUUAUCUAACCGUUGUUAACACCAUCUGUUGAUUAAUGUUGUGCAGAUAUUUGUCUACUGCUAUUGUACAUAUUUACACACAUCGAAUCAUGCCCCAGCAGGUUCCGCAAACGCAUUUCAGCAAGUGAUGAGCACUUUACACUUGUCACCCAAGCAGUUUCGCUUGUUGAAUUUGUUGUUGUUGUUACACAAAACAGGCCUUGUUAGUCCUCCGAUCUGGUGCUUUGGCUUUUACUAUAUGCAAGCCAUAAUUUUUCUUAAAGGCAAUUUACCACUCUACAGUAAAGUAUGUAUCACAUGAAAGAGGGUGAAAAAUUGUCCAGGAAAAUAGUUGGAUUUAUUUUUUCACGGUUUGUUUGACCUAGUAAAAUACAUUGGAAUAUUUCAUUUUAUGGUUGCCUGCUCUGACCACAAUGGGACCAGUGACAGCACAUAAGCGUUUUGCUACUUGACACAGUUUAAAGACAUCCACAUUUCAUCAUUCAAAAUGCAUACACAUGUACAUAUAGAGCUAUGGAUGCUUUCGCUGAUUUGACUUUGAAACAGAUUAUUUCAGGUAAAAAACACAGAUGUGACAUAAUUGAUGCCUUCUGGGUCACAACAGACCACAGUGUAAAAUCUAAUUUUACUAGGUUAGAAAAAUUCUUAAAAAAAUAAACCCAACUCUUUUCCUGGACAGUUUUUAAUGGUCUUCCAUCUGAUAUAUAUUUCAUUUUAGAGUGGUCUUUAACUUUAAAAGGGAUAGCGUAAAAUUCACAUCUUUAAAAUCAAAUGUUUGUGAAUAAAUGUUAUCUUUAAAACAAAGUGACAUUUCACUUCUUACUCUCCGACUUAGCUUUAUGAUGAACCUUUUUAUUUUAGGAAUUAUGCCAUUUUAUCAACAUUUUUUUUUCUUUCUUUUUUCAAAGCAAGUGUAUUUGAAUCGCAUUGUGCAAUAAGCAUAUGCAUACAAUAGUGAAUAUGAAUCAAAUGACAUGGUGCAAAGAGGUGCUGCAUUUUAAGUUAUUUAUAGUAAUGUAUACAUGUAUUUACGUAUUUCUUUGCGGCUUUAACUUUUGCAAGAAUCAGCAUUUAUUUGACAAUUUUGUAAAAUGUCUUUUUUUUAUAUAUGGCAGAUGGUUGUGUUGGCAAGAUAUCCAAAGAAAAGUAAUACAUUACGAAAAAAAAGGAAAAUAAAUUGCUUCCUGUAUAAUUUUAAAAUUUGUGAGCAUUGCCAUAAUGUAUUUAUUACUUAGACAUCAUGAUGUUAUGGUUUUUCUUGCCUUUGAUCUUUAACUUUUUAUUAUUUUGUGAAUUGUUCCAAAAAGAAACUAUUGUAUCAUUUUCACUAAAAAAAUUUGAUAGGUAGACUUUUUAUGCAAGAUAAAUCAGGUUUAAGUCCUUAAUGUUGGCAUUAUUGCAGUUGACUUAAGGGGACCAUUCUU